CGCACCUACGGCCAAGACAUGACCGGCACGGGCGAUCCGGUGAUCGGCCGCGACGACGAGAUCGACCGCGUCAUCGACAUCCUCUGUCGCCGGACCAAGAACUGCGCCGCGCUCGUCGGCGCCGCCGGAGUCGGCAAGACGGCCGUCGCCGAGGGCCUCGCCCAGCGCGUCGCCUCCGGGAGGGUUCCCGCUGCGCUCGUCGGGGCACGCGUCGUGGAGGUCGACCUUGGGGCCAUGGUGGCCAGCACCACCCUACGCGGCAUGUUCGAGGAACGCAUCAAGAGCAUCGUAAAGGAGGCGGAGGCAUCUAACGGCAAGGUCAUACUCUUCAUAGAUGAGAUGCACAUGCUCUACUCCUCCGACGCCUCCGACAUGCUCAAGCCGGCGUUGGCCCGUGGACGCAUCCGCUGCGUCGGAGCCACCACCUUUGAUGAGUACCGCAAGUAUAUCGAGAAGGACCCUGCGCUCGAGCGACGGUUUCACAAAGUGCCGGUGGAGGAGCCGACCACGGAAGCAACCGUUGCUAUCUUGCGGGGGUUAAAACAGCGGUUCCAAGACCACCAUGGAGUGGAAAUCCAGGAUGCCGCUCUUGUUGCUGCUGUGCACCUCGGUUCCCGCUAUAUCACCGGCCGCCAAUUUCCAGACAAGGCAAUUGAUUUGAUUGAUGAGGCAUGUACUAUCAUAGCUAGAAAGAUGGCGCAGAUUGACAAUGAGAACAUUACUCAAAGCAGCCUACCAGAUACUCUGGAAAGAAACCUGGAAAUUAGCUCUACAAAUAGAGUGGAGAAAGCGGUUGUUAAUCCAAAUCAUGUCGCACAAGUUGUGAGUCGAUGGACUGGAAUUCCUAUUGCUACGCUCCAUGAAGAGGAGAAAGACAAGUUAAUUCACUUAGGGGACAGAUUGCAUGAGCGAGUUGUUGGUCAAGAUGAAGCCGUCAAUUUGGUUGCACGGGCGGUGUUGCGUUCAAGGGCAGGUCUUGAUCAACCUAGCCAACCGAUAGGUUCUUUCCUAUUUUUGGGCCCAUCCGGUGUUGGAAAAACUGAGCUUGCAAAAGCUCUUGCGGAGCAGCUAUUUGACAGUGAAAAGAUGCUUAUUAGGGUUGACAUGUCUGAGUAUGAUAGCGUUGGUUCAAUAACACGUCUCAUUGGAGCACCUCCGAGCUAUAUUGGAUAUGACGACGCUGGACAAUUGACUGAGAAGGUCAGAAGGCAUCCGUACAGCCUCAUCCUUUUUGAUGAAGUGGAGAAGGCGCAUCCCUCUGUGUUCAAUAUUUUUCUUCAAAUUCUUGAUGAUGGUAUAUUGACUGAUGGCAAAGGCAGAACCGUGGACUUCAAAAAUACCAUCAUCAUUAUGACCUCAAAUCUAGGAUCAAAGCACCUAAUCACACAAUCAUCUGGAGAAGUUGCAAAAAACCUUGUCAUGAAACAGGUUCAGGAAUUCUUCAGUCCUGAGCUUCUCAAUAGAAUGAGUGAGAUAGUAAUAUUUAAGCCUCUUUCGCACGAACAGCUGAAAGAGGUUGCAAAAAUCCAGAUUAAGAACGUUGUAGCUCGUGUAGCAAACAAGGGUAUCUCUCUGUCUGCAAGUGACGGCGUGUUGGACGUCAUCUUAGCGGAAUCAUAUAACCCGAUGUAUGGUGCGAGGCCUGUAAGGAGGUGGGUGCAAAAUAACGUGAUGACGACGCUCUCUGAGAUGCUAGUCAAAGGCGAGGUUUGUGAAGGCUCUGAAAUAUUCAUCGACGCAACAGAUGACAAGAAGGGGUUGAAGUACCAAGUGGCGAAGACUCCGGUGACAGAACGUUCUAGCGCAUGCGAUGGAACAGUUUAA